CCUCCUCCUCCUCCUCGCAUUCCUGCCCCACACAAAGAAGUCCCUCCCUCCCUCGCCGCACAAAGGAGCAGCCCGGCGCUGCCUCGGGCCCUCCCGCCCCGGAUCUUGGAGCCCAGCCGGGCGGGGGAGAGCCGAGCCGAGGAGGAGGAGGAGGAGGCCGGCCAGUCAGCCAGCCGGGCAGCCUCGAAGUGCAAAUUCCUCCGCCGAGCGCGCCAUUGACUGGCCCCAGCAAACUUUCGCGCAGGCGGGCGGGGACGCUUCCCCGACAACGCCGCCUCUCCCUCCCUCCCGCCCCCCACCCGCCGGCCCGCCGGCCGCUCUGCCUGCCUGGCGAGCCUCGGGGCGGGAUGCCCGGGAGGUGACUCUCUUGUAGCCGGAGGCAGCGCUUGCGAGGCGGCACCGGGCGUCGGGCCGCGGCGGCUUCUGCUAAACUUUGCCGUCUGGAGCGCGCGAGGGCGGCGGCGGCGGCGCCUCUCCUCCUUCUCCCGCCGGCAUGGAGAGGUACGAGGAGGGCUUGGGGAAAGCCAGCAAGUUGAUGGCGGAGCUGGCGCUCUACGACGAGGGGCUCGGCCGCCGCAGGAGAGACUACCAGCCGCCGUCGGAGCUGGACGGGCGGACCAAGAAGCAGCUGAACGGCGGCGGCGGCUGCACCACGCUGGGCCCGCCGCCGCCGUACCCGUCGGCAGAGGCUCCUCAGUCGUCGUGCCUCCCGCUGCGCUCCCUCAACGGCGGCGCCGAGGACGGCUCGUGUCCGCGCUCCGAGGUAGCGCUGCCUUGCUACAAGCGCUACUCGGCCGAAGGCUACCCGCGCGGCAAAGGAGGCGGCGGCGGGGGAGCCAGCCCGCGGGCCUCGACGUGCUACGGUGGCGGCGGCCCGUUGGCCAGCCCGCGGGGCAGCUUGGUAGCCGGGGCCGUCGAGGCGUCUUCGGUGCUGAGCCCGCGCUCCAGCUACGCCAGCACGGCCAGCGACACGAGCAAGCACUCCAGCCCGCGCGCCAGCCUGACCAGCUCUUCCGACGGCGGCGGGGGUGGCAGCGGGAGCAAGCCGAGCAGCAACCGCACCAGCGGCAUCAGCAUGGGCUACGACCAGCGGCACAUCAGCCCGCGCUCCUCCUUGGCCGGCGCCGUCGAGCUGGAGGUGGCAGCCUCAGCGGCUGGGCGCCACGGAUCCGGGCCGGCUACAGCGGCGGCCAUGGCGUCGGGGGCCAUCGCGGCGGCUCUGGCCAGCCCGCGCUCCAGCAUCUCCAGCCACAGCUCGCGCAGCUCCCGGGGCUCGAUGGGCGCCUACCCGGAGUUCCAGCUGCCGUCGCCGCGGGCCUCGCUCCUGCCCGAGGAGGGCCUUCUGUUGCUGGCUGAGCAGGCGGCGGCGGAUGCCUACCCGAGGCUGCACGCCCAGGCGCCGCCGGUUGCCCUCGGGGGCUCCGACGCCGCCGUCUCCUCGCUGACCUACGGCUCGCCGACCGCCAAAGGCGCGGCGGCCGUCUCUAAGUUCCGGCUCCCCUACCAGGUGACGCCGUCGAGGGAGAGCGGGCCCAGCCAGGUGGAGCGGAGGCUGGAGGCGCUCACGUUGGAGCUGGAGAAGGAGCUGGAGAUGCACAUGAAAAAGGAGUACUUCGGCAUUUGUAUCAAGUGCGGAAAGGGGGUAUACGGGGCCAGCCAGGCUUGCCAGGCCAUGGGGAACCUCUACCACACCAACUGCUUUACAUGCUGCUCUUGUGGAAGAAGAUUACGAGGGAAAGCCUUCUACAACGUCAAUGGAAAAGUCUACUGUGAAGAAGACUUCCUAUAUUCAGGUUUUCAGCAAACUGCAGACAAGUGCUUCAUUUGUGGACACCUCAUAAUGGAAAUGAUUUUGCAGGCCUUGGGGAAGUCCUACCAUCCUGGCUGUUUCCGCUGUGUGGUCUGCAAUGAAUGUCUAGAUGGCGUCCCGUUCACUGUAGAUGUGGAGAACAAUAUUUACUGUGUGAAAGACUAUCACACGGUUUUUGCACCAAAAUGUGCUUCCUGUAACCAGCCCAUUUUACCAGCACAGGGUUCCGAGGAGACCAUCCGGGUGGUGUCGAUGGACAGGGAUUACCAUGUGGAGUGUUACCAUUGUGAGGACUGUGGACUCCAGCUCAAUGACGAAGAAGGCCGCCGUUGUUAUCCUUUAGAGGGGCACUUGCUUUGCCAUGGUUGUCACAUCAGGCGCCUCAGUAUGACAGUGCCACCCCACCCUCCCCCUGGAUACCCAAUGCACAUUACAGAACUCUGAGGUGUUUCGCGCCCCAUCAAAUUGCAACCAGGAGGGAGGUCGUUGUUGGCGGGAGAAGAUUUCCACAGAUGACUUGUCAGUUCUUCUUUUAAGAGACAAAGCAGCCAAGUUUAUUUAUUGCUUCUGAGACUGUAAAGAGAGGUGCGCCUCUCAGAGUGUGUGCCUAAAUAAUUCCUCCCAAGACACUGGGUACUUGAAAAAUGAUGCACCACGUGGAUGUAACUGUAAAAGGUUCAGCGAGAAGUGUUGUUUUCUGUGCUAUGCUAGGCAGGGCCAUCUGUUCGUCAUAGUUUUGUCCCAUUGUAGUUUGGGUCCCUGCAAGAAUCUUAACCGCUUGCAGCAGUGCUGCAGGAGAAAGCGGAUAAAUGCUACAUUUUUAUGCUGGGUCUCAUUGCAUCUUGGCUUGAGGCGUUUUGAGAAAUGACCUCACAAUAUGAGGGUCUGGGUGGUUGUUGCAGGAGAGGAUUGGGUUUUGUUUUGUUUUUUAGUCAUGGUCAGAUUUAAACAUGACUUAAGAGAAAGAAGUUGUUCUGUGGGGGAGAAAUUCAUUGUCUUAGCCCAUGGUGCUUUCAUACAGUGCCAACAAGAGAGAUGUGGAAGAAGCUCUUUGUAGAAUAUUAUAUGAACAGAACCCACUGAGGAAUCAUCGAUGCAACAAGCAUUUUUGCAGGGGGUUUCUUAGAUGUUUGGGAUCCCUUGUGUGGGAGUUCUGGUGCCCAUUAUUUUACCAGUUAAGGGAUGCAGGCCGGAUCCAGUUACAACAUAGUCCAAGACUGCAGGGCAGGUUGAGACCUCAUAGCCUCCUUGAGCUGGCAGGCAGCUAUAUAGUUAUGGGCAUAGUUGCUUAUAAUAGUACUAUUGGUGUGCUGGCAGGGACUAAUGGGAGUUGUAGUCUAAAACGUCUGGGAGGAAGGCUGGUGUGAUGGGAUGCAGAAACCUGAAAGGCUGCCUAAGAGCUGAGAUGUUCCCGCCCUGCCUUGUGAUGCUCAUUCGAGCCUAAUAAGAGGCAACCAAGGAAUGAGAGUCUCCUGUUUUAACAUGUCUUUCCUCACAGUGACUUGGCCCUGGCACUCUGGACAUCACUGCCUGCUUACCAGUGGCAGAUAAACAGCCACUAGGGGUGACUUCCCAGGUCCUCAAAUUCUGGUGUGUGUUUUUUGUUUUUGUUUUGGUCAGUCUCUUAGGCUUUUACACCAAUUUCAGCUAAUAACUUCAGUCCUCCUGACUAUGCAAAAUUCUACUUGUUUUGCAAUUGUACUAGAUUAUAUGUUGCCUUUGUUGUGUGUGUGUGUGUGUUUUUAAGGGCAGCAGAUUUAUGGUGUGGUUUCAGUUGCAGGUGGCAGACAUGCUUUUUCCAGAGAAGUCCUUUUGAAUUGGUUUGCUCCAUGCUGGAUUUUUACAGCUUGCCUCUUGAGAAGCUCAACUCUGGAGGUCAAUUUAUUAAUGAUUGAAUCCCCAGCAUUUUCAAACUAAUUUCAGGUUAUUAGGAAACAAGUGGCCCUUGACAAACACAUAGCAGUUUUCCAAGGAGGCCCUGAGGGGCAUUUGCCCCAUCUCUCCCCUCCUCCCACCCAACUGUUUUUUUCAGGCUGAAGUGGGGGUCAUGCCACAUUUAAUAAAGGCCAUUUAAACAUCGUGUAAUCGCCUAGAAUGUCUGGCAAGAGCAGCUUGUUUGGACAGUUCAGUAACAAGAACCAAUCACCCUGGAAAACAGGGUGGCAGAAGAUGGGAGUCACUGAUAGAUUUGCCAGUGGCACGCUGAAAUUUUCAUUUUCACCAAAUCCACCUUGAAAGUCUUUACCCAUCGCCUCUCCAGAGACAAUUUUAUGAUGUGCAGACCUACUUGGAGAUGUCCUUGGAAGCCAAGCGGAAGUAAAAACGAUACUUAAUAACAAACACAAAGAGUUCCUUGAAAUGUGCAUAUUUUCCUGUUUUGCCUGAGCUCCUACAAAACACCCAGAAGAACUCUGUAGACUCAUAAGACUUUAUCGACCUUAAGCAUGUUUUAACUGGUUUUAAGUUUUACAUGCGGGGGCCAGAUUUCUGUCUGCUGUAAACAGUUGUAUCCUCCAGUAAUUUCAGCAAAACUAAGAAUGUGAUCCUUUCGUUUUCAAGCUGUCAGCCACAACAGCCAACAGAACAUCAGUGUUAUACUUUGAAAGCAAACCAAACCGAACCCCUCAAAGCAGCACGUCUGCUCUGGCUGGAGUUGAUGGAAGUUCUAGUCCACAAAACCUAAAAGGCAUCAGUCAAGGAAGGUUGCCAAACUGUUUUGCUGGAAUUAUACAGGGGGGAAAUAAAUGGCAAAGGAACAGUUUUGAGAUUUUGCCCCCUUUUUAUAUUAUAAAAUAUAAUGGAUUAAAAAUAUUCCUGUUCUCUCUCCAGCAAGGAAGAAAUGCCACCUUUUUGAACUGAUGCAGGAUAAUGCUUGGGCCCUCUUGGUGUUGGAAGCAACAGUCUUCAUCCAGUGGGCCCAGCUUGUUUCAUGGGGUGUGGAGUCUAGUACAUGCCACAACCUGGAGUGAUGGAUGCUCGUCGUAUUUGGAUCCCUUGUACAGCAUGCUUUGUUUCUCAGAACAUCAGAGGUAGCCAUUGAAAUACCUUCAGAUGCUGUUGGACUGCAACUCUCAUCAUCCCUGAACAUUGGCCAUACUAACCUGAGCUGGUGUGAAUUGUAGUCCAACAGCAUUUGUGUUGGUUAUCCCUGCUGAACACUCAACAUUGUGCAUGCUUUUCUCCUGUGAUUCUCUGGAUUGGGGCCAGUCCACCUAAAACCAACCUCCUUCCAUCAUUUAAGUUUAACUAUCUUCCUCUCUUCCCACCCUAUAACCACAAUGGGAGUUGCAGUCCAGAACAUCUGAAGGCCGCCAAGUCAGGGAAGUUUGUAUUACCCAGUGCCUUGACCAUUAGUGGCAAACCUUUUAAUUCAUAUUCCUGCCUUAAUUUUCAGUGAAUAGCACAGCAUCCACACUAUGUACAUACACUACUGUUUUUACUGUUCUCAACUGACAUCCGUUGGAAUGGAGUAUUUAAUUUCACUUGUUAAAAAUGUUUCAGGUCUUUUUUUUCUUUUUCUUUUUUACGCAGUUCCGUAUUGUUGUAUAGAUGCUGAACCUUUUUAUUUCUAGCAAGACCAAGUUUGCCCUGUCCAGAAUGCAGUCAUUUUCCAUAAACUGUUUUUCCACAGAAAGCGGAAUUUGAUCACGGCUCAGUGGGCUGUGUCUUGCCAACUUUUUUCUUUCCGUUUUGAAAAACAGAGCUUGUUUAGAUUUCCUUAAUUAUUUUUUGUUAAGAAGAAAGCAUCCAGAAAGCUUCCCACAGCGACUCUGAAAUGGUGUGCACUGAAAUUAGAGUGAAACGUUUUACCUCUUUUCCUUGGAAAGUAUAAAAAGAAACUCCCUUCAAGUUGUUUUUUUUUGGGGGGGUGCGCAUAGCUCAGUGUGCAGGCAGUCCCAGACUUCUCCAGUUGAAAGGAACAGGUAGCAAGUGAUGCAAAAGGCCUGUGUCUCCCUGUGUCUCUGGAGAAUUCCUGCCAGUCAGGAAGCAACACUGAACUAGAAUAGCCUUUGCCAACCUGGUGCCCUUCAGAUAGGAGUUAUGGUCCAACAUCUGGAGGGCACCAGAAGGCUGGAUUAGAGGGACAAAGAGUUUGAGGCAGCUUUUUAUGUUUGCUUCGAGAGAAUUCUUAUUUAACAGGGAUGGAACACUUCUUUCAUUUGUGCCAUAAUAUUUAUUGGUGAUUUUUCCUAUUCUUUCUACUUUCAGUUUCAUUGCUUAGUCUUUGCAUUAUGGAAGUUCCACCAUAUCCCUUAAAAUUAUGAGGUUCCAAAGGAAAGACCAAAGUAGUUUUGAAUUUGAAUGAGAAGAGAAUUGCUUAAAAAUAGAGGGUGCACAUUCUGAAAUUCAGAAUUUCAAGAAGUCCAAGAAUUUAAACCAAAGCUCGAAGAAGGCACACAAAAGCUGCUUUCUCAUGCCCUGAGGAAAGUUUGUGAUUCAUCAUGCAACUAAUGCCAUAACUAGAGUAUAUAAUUUGACUUAAAUUAAGUUUUUUUCUUGAGAAUUAUUUUCAUUUUCUUUAAAAGAAUAUAGUUUUUUUUCCAAGAACUUGGACCAAUGUUGAUUUUUAUUUUGUAGGAAAUAUAUUAAAUGCCCAAUUUGUAUAUCGUGUCUAGUUUACAUGCUGCAAAUAUGUUAGUUUAACCUUGUUUGUAUAUAUCAUUCUAAAACCUUCGGCCUUUUAGUUAGUACAUAGAUUGACUUGCCGGGUUUUUGUCUUGUCAUUUGGUUUCCUUGAUUGUUGAAGAAUUAAAGUUGGGAAAUGUAGAUUUAUUUAUCUAAAGAAGCUGCUUGCUAUCGUCCUAAGUUAUUUUAAUAUUAAAAGUCAGAAUUUCAUUUAACCUUAGAUGUUAUAAUCUGCUUUUUUUCCCCAAUAAAGACAUUUUGUAGUUA